AUGGGCGUCAAAAGCUUCGUCGAAGGUGGGAUUGCCUCUGUAGUCGCCGGUUGCUCAACUCACCCUCUCGAUCUCAUCAAGGUCCGUCUUCAGCUCCACGGCGAAGCUUCCGCCGUCCCCUCAACCGUCACUCUCCUCCGUCCAGCUCUCGCUUUCCACAAUUCUCCAGCAGCUUUUCUCGAGACGACCUCUUCGGUUCCCAAAAUCGGUCCCAUUUCACUCGGAAUCAACAUCGUCAAGGCGGAAGGAGCCGCCGCGCUAUUCUCCGGCGUCUCCGCCACACUUCUCCGGCAGACGCUCUAUUCCACCACCAGGAUGGGUCUUUACGAAGUGCUUAAGAACAAGUGGACCGAUCCGGACUCGGGGAAGCUGAAUCUGACUCGGAAAAUCGCCGCGGGGCUAGUCGCCGGCGGGAUCGGAGCCGCGGUCGGAAACCCAGCCGACGUGGCGAUGGUGCGUAUGCAAGCGGACGGUAGGCUUCCUCUAGCGCAGCGUCGCAAUUACGCCGGAGUAGGAGACGCAAUCACGAGGAUGGCGAAGCAAGAAGGAGUAGUGAGCUUGUGGCGUGGCUCGGCGCUUACGAUUAACCGAGCGAUGAUAGUGACGGCGGCUCAGCUUGCGUCGUACGAUCAGUUCAAGGAGGGGAUAGUGGAGAGCGGAGUGAUGAAGGACGGGCUCGGGACUCACGUGGUGGCGAGCUUCGCGGCGGGGCUUGUGGCGGCGGUUGCGUCGAAUCCGGUGGAUGUGAUAAAGACGAGAGUGAUGAAUAUGAAGGUGGAGGCGCCUGGUGCGGUGGCUCCGUACAAAGGCGCGUGGGAUUGUGCGGUGAAGACGGUUAGAGCAGAAGGACCAAUGGCUCUGUAUAAAGGCUUUGUGCCUACGGUUUGUAGGCAAGGACCUUUCACUGUGGUGCUCUUCGUUACUUUGGAGCAAGUCAAGAAACUGCUUCGUGAUUUUUGA